AUGAACAGAGGUGGCAACUGCACGGAUCCAGACACGCUAGUGCCCGGAAUCCCCUCCUUUACCCAGGCCUGGGGAUUGUGGGCCCUCUUAGGGGCUGUGAUGCUGCUGCUUCUCAUCUCACUGGCUGCACACUUGUCCCGAUGGACUAGUGGCUGGAGCAGGAACCAUCCAGGACAGGGACAUUCUGGAGGGUCUGUGGAAGAGGUCCCCCUGUAUGGGAACCUGCAUUAUCUGAAGACAGGACGACUGUCUCAAGAACCAGGGCCAGACCAGCAGGAUCCAACACCUGGAGGCCCCACCAGGGCUGCAGAGGAGGUGAUGUGCUAUACUAGCCUGCAGCUGCGGCCUCCUCAGGGCCGGAUCCCGAGUCCUGGAACCCCCAUCAAGUACUCGGAGGUGGUGCUGGACUCUGAGCCAAAGUCCCAAGCCUCAGGUCCUGAACCGGAGCUCUAUGCCUCAGUGUGUGCCCAGACCCGCAGAGCCCGGGCUUCCUUCCCAGACCAGGCCUAUGCCAACAGCCAGACUGCACCCAGCUGA